GAUUACUCCGACGUCGUCCAGUUCAUCGCGGCGCGCCAUUCUUUCAGUUACCGUGGACAUAUUUCUCAGAAACUUAUCUCUCUUAAUUGAGUCACCUACUCACCUAACCAGUUGUUGAAACUCUCCUCCACACCCUUAUUCUUCAUAUCUCUCUCUCUAUUUAAUCUUCCCAUCUAUUCUCCCUUAUUUCUCACACUCGUUGAGUUUCUUUUCUCAAUCGGAAGAACGUCAGCAAGUUUGUAAUGGCUAGGAAGAAGAUCAGAGAGUAUGACUCUAAGAGGCUUCUCAAGGAGCAUCUCAAACGCCUCGCUAAUAUCGACCUCCAGAUCUGCUCUGCUCAGAUAAAUCAAUCAACUGACUUCGCUGAGCUGACAAACAACGAACCAUGGCUGUCAUCCACCAGGUUGGUAGUGAAACCAGACAUGUUAUUUGGGAAACGUGGAAAGAGUGGCUUGGUAGCUUUGAAUUUGGAUCUAGCUCAAGUUGCUGAGUUCGUGAAGCAACGCCUUGGAGUGCAGGUUGAGAUGGGUGGUUGCAAGGCUCCAAUUACAACGUUCAUUGUGGAGCCAUUUGUUCCCCAUGAUCAAGAAUACUACCUAUCUAUUGUCUCUGAAAGGCUUGGCUGCACAAUAAGUUUUUCGGAGUGUGGGGGUAUCGAAAUUGAAGAGAACUGGGAUAAAGUCAAGACGAUUUUCCUUCCAACUGAAAAAACUUUUACACUUGAGGCAUGUGCUCCGUUAAUAGCUACACUUCCUCUGGAGAUUCGAGGAAAGAUUGGUGACUUCAUAAUGGGUGUAUUCAAUGUAUUUCAAGAUCUGGACUUCAGUUUCCUGGAGAUGAAUCCAUUCACCCUGGUGAACGGGGAGCCAUAUCCACUGGAUAUGAGAGGGGAAUUGGAUGACACUGCUGCCUUCAAAAAUUUUAAGAAAUGGGGAAACAUUGAAUUUCCUUUGCCCUUUGGUCGAGUGCUAAACCCUACAGAAAGUUUUGUUCACUCUUUAGAUGAAAAGACAAGUGCAUCCUUGAAAUUCACUGUUUUGAACCCAAAAGGGCGCAUAUGGACAAUGGUGGCAGGAGGGGGUGCUAGCGUUAUAUAUGCGGAUACUGUCGGAGAUUUGGGUUAUGCGUCUGAGCUUGGUAAUUAUGCAGAAUACAGUGGAGCUCCAAAUGAGGAGGAGGUGUUGCAAUAUGCCCGAGUUGUUAUUGAUUGUGCUACUUCUGUCCCUGAUGGGCGGAAGCGAGCCCUUCUAAUUGGAGGGGGAAUAGCUAAUUUCACAGAUGUUGCUGCUACUUUCAAUGGAAUUAUCCGAGCUCUAAGAGAGAAAGAAUCAAAAUUAAAGGCUGCAAGAAUGCAUAUCUAUGUUCGGAGAGGUGGUCCAAAUUAUCAGACUGGUCUUACGAAAAUGCGGGCUCUCGGGGAAGAGCUUGGAGUUCCACUCGAGGUUUUCGGCCCAGAAGCCACAAUGACUGGUAUCUGCAAACAAGCAAUUGAGUGCAUAAUGUCUGCUGCAUAGUCCCCCAUUUCUUUUGCAGCGGAUAACUGAGUUGAAAGAUCUAUUAAAUAUCCUUUAUUGCUUGGUAUCUGCUGCAGUGGGGAGGGGAAAGGUAAAGGAAAGGGAGUUUUGGUAUAUUGCUCGUUUAAUUUUGUGGUCCUUGGAAUUUGGAAAACAAUCCCUUCUUAUUUCUUUGCCAUAUGAAGAUGAUGCCAGAGUUAAGUUCUGUGUGUAUUCCUUUUGACUCCGGUUAACCCGUUGUGUGCACCAUUCGUAAUCACCUCAAUGUACUGUUCUUAUUAUCAAAAUUUAACAUUCUCCACAA